CUCGUAAGUCAUCGCAUACUUCCGAGACGCCUCGCGCCUCUUGAGCGUGCCGUGCUGCUUGUAUAACAGUAGCGGUACCAGUCGGUCCGGCGGAGCUGAAGGCUGGGAUGGUGAUGGCGACCGUCGCAGUCGUUGUCUUACAGUCCGUUUGAUUGAGGAAAACUAGAAUAUAAGCUGUGUGUGUGUGUACAGCACGAAGCCUGUAUAAUGGAAGGACGUGCCUUUCCCGAACAAGAACAGCUCCUACAGUUUUUGAGGAGGCUCAAGGAGGUUUUCGACGUCUGUGACGAGGAUGCUGACGGCUUCAUCCGGGUGGAGCACUUGGUGGACCUCGGUAUUCAAUUCGGUCAAGGAGACGAGGUGAAGAAGUUGACAAGGUACCUGGAUCCUAACGCUCAUGGGAAAAUCAACUUCAAAGACUUUUGCCACGGAGUGUUUGCUAUCAAAGGUUGUGAAGAAAUAAUGAAGAUGACUGUGGGUCCUCGCAGCCAUGCCUCCAGCCAGCCAUCUGUCACAGACAAUGGCUAUAUAUACCAGAAUGGUGAGGCAAAGCUUGGUCCUCCGAUUAUCAUGUGUACACGGUCCUACCAGGAAAGCACGUGUGCUGAUGGCGAGUGUGACAUGGACAGCAGCACUGAAAAUGCCAACAGCUCUGACUCACUUCACCCAACACAGCAACGCAGCCGCCUGAUUGGCUCAGCGUCUGCGUCCGUCAUCUCUAGAGAGGAGCAGUUUGAAGACUACGGUGAAGGGGAGGAUGUAGAUUUUACUCCCAGCAGCCCUUGCCCUGAAGAAGAAACACGAACAAAUGGUUUCUCAGAUCUUGGAUCCUCGCUUCCCUCCAGUGCUGGCCACACCCCUCAAAAGAUGCGGCAGCUGUAUAACAGUGAGCUGCUGGACAUCUACUGUUCUCAGUGCUGCAAGAAAGUGAAUCUACUCAAUGACUUGGAGGCUCGACUGAGAAACCUCAAGGCCAACAGUCCUAACAGGAAGAUUUCCAGCACAGCAUUUGGACGUCAGCUGUUCCAGGCCAAUCACAGUGUGUUUGGGUCCAGUCAGGGCAGCAGCACAGAGGAUCUGUUCACAGACAGUAUCGACUCCUGUGACCUUGACAUCACAGAGAAAGUCAGCUACCUGGAGAAAAAGGUGACAGAACUGGAAAGUGACAGUCUGGCCAACAAUGACCUCAAGUCUAAACUCAAGCAUGACAACACCCACCUUGUGCACAGGGUUCAUGAGCUAGAGGAGCAGGUGAAGGAUGCAGAGACAAAGUCUGCAGAGAGUCUCAAAGAAGAGGUGAAGAAACACCGGGAGGCUUACACCAAGAUGGAGAGAGAUAGAAACACGGAGAUAGAGCUGCUCUGUAACAGGUUACAGCAGUUAGAAGAAGAGAAUACAGAGAUGAAGUUGAAUGUGUGCAGACUCAAGUCUCAGACUGAAAAAAUGGAUCAGGAGAAGCAGAGGGUGACAGACAAACUGGAGGACACUAGUUUGAGGCUGAAAGAUGAGAUGGACCUGUACAGGAAGAUAAUGGACAAGCUCUGGCAAAACCGCCAUGAGUUUCAGAAGGAAAAAGAGUCCAUGCAGGAGCUGAUUGAUGAUCUCCGUCGAGAGCUCGAGUAUCUGCAAUUGUUUAAACUGGAGAUGGAACAUCCUGGGAAAGGCAAGGGGCUGUCUGAGUUUAACGCCAAAACCAGGGAGAUGGAAAUGGAACAUGAAGUGAAGAGACUGAAACAGGAGAACCACAAGCUGCGCGAUCAAAACGACGACCUGAACGCUCAGAUUCUCAGUCUGAGCUUGUACGAGGCCAAGAACCUGUUCUCCUGUCACACCAAGGCCCAGUGCCUGGCAGCUGAGAUUGACAACGCUUCCAGAGAUGAGCUUGUGGAUGCUUUGAAGGAGCAGGAGGAGAUCAACCUGCGUCUGAGGCAGUACAUGGACAAAAUCAUUUUGGCCAUUCUCGACCACAAUCCUUCCAUCCUGGAGAUCAAGAAUUAAACACAAUGCACAUUUGUAUUAGUGAAGUUGUGCUGAUUACCUUUAGUCCGUAAAGUUGUAAUCCAUAAGAUUCCUGUCCUAGCUGAAGCUGAUGGAGCUGUUUACACUACAGACAAACACAUUUGCAUUGUUCACUCAAUGAUGUUUUUUUCACAGAUAUUGUGCACGUUUGGUCCCCCCUGUGAGAUGUAAAUCUUAAGCUGCAGUACAAAAUGCAGGAAAUGUUCUAUUGGCGGACAUAAAUAUUUUUUCCUGGUGAACUGCAGUACAGCAAACAGUUCACAUUAAAGCUUUCCUGCAUUUCAGCAUCAACUCUUUGGGUAUCAUUGCUUUUACUUGGAGAGUAAAGGGUGACACUAACCCUGGAUAUUUAAUCCCUUUAAUGUGUGACCGCUUUGAAUCUGGUAACACAUUUUAAUGUGUGCUCCUUACCACAAAUUACUGAUAAUGCAGUAAAUGGGCAGUUUUUAGUUUGGGUACAAUCAGAAUCUGAUGUCACAAAAAUUUAAAGGAUUACAACUUUACAUUGCAGCUAACAUUCUGAAUGUUUGACACUUGCACACAAAUGUAUGUACAUUACCACAGCAGCUGGUCUCCACAUCCACCCGAAGUAAACGCGUCUUUAUAAGGAAUCACUGUAGAGCAACUUUGCCAUUUUCAUCUUAUCCACCGGUGUUUAUCACUGUGUGUUUGAAAGUACAUAAAGCAUCUUUCCUGUAUUUUAUGUAAUUUGGACAACUGUCUUUGACUCACCUACAGGCACCGAGCAGAAAACAGCUUUAAGAUUUAAGAAGUGAAGCAAAUAAAAUGGGAAGGUGAACCGUUUCUGUAGUAAAAUCAGAAACUACAGGGUGGGCCAUUUAUAUGGAGACACCGUA